AUGCCCAAACUCUUAUUUUCAAGGAUUCGACUUUACGAAUUUAAGGAUUUAAUGCCCAACAUGCAGCGGCCACGAAGGAUUGACAUUGUACUGAACUGCAGGAGGCGUAAGAAGGAUAUCCAGUAUGUCAGUGUACAGAAAUGUAAUGAUGAGAUGUACUCUUCAAAGCUAAGUUGUCAGACUGACCAUAAACUUCACCUGGAAAAACUGCUAAAGGACAAAAAGUAUUUAGCAGCAUUCCGCUCUUUUCUGCAGUCUGAGUUCAGUGAGGAAAACAUUGAGUUCUGGCUUGCAUGUGAAGAGUUCAGGUUGACUACCUCACCAGAAGACCUUCAAUGGAGAGCAGACGAGAUCUACCGGGAGUUCAUCCAGCCUACAGCCUGCAGAGAGAUCAAUGUAGACCAGCAUGUUAGAGAGAAGAUCAAGCAGGCACUUGAGAAACCGAGCCUUUCCUGCUUUGACGAGGCCCAGAAACAUGUUUACCUGCUGAUGGAAAGAGACUCUUGCCCCAGAUUCCUGCACUCAGAUGCCUACCUGAGUCUAAAGCGCAAAUCCAGGACUCUGUGGUACCUUUAA